CAUCCACCAUCGACGCCGGCCGGCAUUGUGGGAUAGCGGAGGAGCGCAGGCGCCGGUCCUCCGAGGGGGAGGGCACUGAGCAUUGUGGGAUAGAGGAAGACCCGGGGCUGGGGCUGAAGCGACCAUGGAUGUCUUUCUAAUGAUACGCCGGCACAGGACAACCAUAUUCACAGACGCCAAGGAAUCGACCACGGUGUUGGAACUCAAAAAGGUCGUGGAAGGGAUUCUCAAGCGGUUGCCAGAAGACCAGAGACUGUACAAGGAUGACCAGCUGCUGGAAGACGGUAAAACGUUGGGUGAUUGUGGAUUCACCAGUCAGACAGCGAGGCCGCAGGCUCCUGCCACAGUAGGAUUAGCCUUUAAAUCCGUGGACGACCAGUUUGAACCGCUCCGCAUCGACCAGUUCUCCAGCCCGCCCGAACUCCCGGACGUCAUGAAGCCUCAAGACUCAGGCAGCGGAGCCAACGAACAGGCCGUGCAGUGAGAACGGAGUCCCUCCCCUCCCCUCCCCACCCCCACC